UGUCAUAUUAAAAGAUAUAUUGAUAUCGCAUAUUCAAUAGGAAAUGAUGUCAUGUAUAUCUUGAGAGACCAAAAGUUAGUUCAUUCUAUAAAAACAUGCAAGUAUUCAUUAAUUUUAUAAGUAAAACUGUAUAUCAAACAGUCUAAUUUCUUAUUUUAAAUCUAGUCCAUCAUAAAAUUUCUCAUUGUAAACAGUAAACGUGUCAUUAAUAGCAAGCAAUAGAUGGGUAUAUUAAUAACACUAGUGUGAAAUUUAACAGUAUCACCUCACGCAUGAACCAGAAUUCUUAUGCAUGAAAUGCUAGUUCAAUUUAACAAAAAUAAGCUCCAAAACGGUAGUUAGGCAAGAAAUGUUGCAUUUGUCACAAGGCCUACAAGAAAGGAAUCAACUAACUCUUAAUUGAGCAUAGAAUUUGAAGGGAAAGGAUAGAGGCAGGCUAUAAAUGCAUGGUACAUAUAAUUUACUUCAAAACACCAACCAUUUCGUAGGUUAGUGCGAUAAAUUUUCAAAGAAACCCAUUUUUGUAAUCUAUCAUGCAAAUAGAAAGCUACACAAGCAAAGUGCAACUCUCUAUUAACACUUGCAAUUUUAUUUGGAAGCACUAAGUGUGUGAGUGUGUGACACUAUAUAGUAUAUAAGAUUUUCCCUACGCUAAAGUCUAGAAUCAACACAUACUACAACUUUUUGUUCUUGAUUUUUUUGGGCACAUAAAUUAAGUAGUGUAGCAAAAUGUUAAAUGUUGAUGUGAUUGGGAACAAGAAAAGGAAGAGAUGUGGGAGGGUUUUCAGGUUCAAGAACUUCGGCGAACCGGGUUACCCAGUUAUGUUUACUGGUCCAUUUCGUGAGAAUGUGAAUGCACUUCUUGAAUAUGCGAAUUUGGAGAGUAACUUGGGAAUGGGAAUGCCAAUGUGGUCUUUUCAGCUUGAAGUUCAUCACCACCCUCCUUUGCAUAUUUUCUUGUUUGUGAUUGAAGAACCAAUUGAAGCUUCUUUGAAUCGCCACUGCAAGCAUUGUCAAUAUGUUGGAUGGGGCCACCAUUUCAUUUGCAACAAGAAGUAUCAUUUCGUAUUACCCUCGAAGGAGGCAUUGGCUACAUGCUCGAGCUGUGAAGGGUGCUGUGAUGCUAUUGCCACAAUGAACAACAACAACAACAACAAUAAUAAUAAUGGUAAGUCCAAAUUAAUAGAAUUACAGGGCCAUAUGAUGCAUGGUGUUUUUCACUCUAAUGGAUUCGGCCAUUUGCUAUGUGUCAAUGGCUUGGAAACCGGUUCCAAUUUGGCUGGCAACCAGAUCAUGGACUUUUGGAAUCGUUUGUGCAUUGGAUUGCAAGCAAGGUUAGUUCAUUCAUUUUUAAAAUAUAUUAACGUUGAUUCAGUUCUCAAUUUUCUAUAUGUUAGCAUUGUGGUGAAACGAUUACAACUACUUACCUAA